UAGGCCAGACUCAGAAAGACUGCAUGAUCUCACUUAUAUGUGGAAUCUAAAAUAGUCAAACUGCUCUUUGAUCUCGGCGGCAGAAGCGAGAUGACGAAGGGAACGUCAUCAUUUGGAAAGCGUCGGAAUAAGACGCACAUGUUGUGCUGCCGCCGUGACUCUACGGCCUACCACCUUCAGAAGUCGACCUGUGGCAAAUGUGGCUACCCUGCCAAGCGGAAGAGAAAGUAUAACUGGAGUGCUAAAGCUAAAAGACGAAGUACCACCCGGACUGGUCAAAUGAGGCACCUAAAAAUUGUAUACCGCAGAUUUAGGCAUGGGUUCCGUGAAGGAAAAACACCUAAGUCCAAGAGGGCAGCUGUUGCAGCAAUCAGUUCAUCUUAAGGACUUCAAUGACUAGUCGCGCAAUAAAUGUUCUGGUUUUAAAUAAAAAAAUAAAAUAAAAUAAAAUAAAAAAGCCAAAUUGAUAGAAGUGGAGGAUACAAUGUUGGUUGCCAGGGAAUGGGUGGAGAGGAAAAAGAGGCAAUGUUGUUCAAAGGGCACAAAGUUUCAACUAUGCAAGAUGAGUAAGUUCUAGAGAUCUAGUGUACAGCAUGGUGACUAUAGUUAACAAAACUGUACUGUAUAUUUGAAAUAUGCUAAGAGGAUAGAUCUUAACUUAAGUCUUUAUGCCACAAAAGAAAGAAAAGAAAAAAAAAGGAAAAAAAGAAAAUGGUAAUUAUGAAUAUAUUAACUAGUUUGUGGUGAUUUCCCAAUGUAUAUGUAUCAAAACAUCAAGUUGUAUACCUUAAAAAUAUACAUUAUGAAGUCAAUUGUAACUCAAUAAUGCUGUUAAAAAAAAAGAGAGCCACCUGAGUUUCAACUCUGAUUCUGCUUCUUUUUAAUUCUCUAUGAUUUUUAGCAAGUUAACUUAACCUCUCUCUAAACCUAAAGGGUUGUUUUCAAGAUUAAAUGAAAUAA